CACUUAUCCUGCACCACCACCAUCCGCUUUUCCAGCCUGUGAGAGUAAAUCUGUCCUUACUCGAAUCUUAUCAGCGCUGCGAUACCGACUACUCUUGAAAUCAUGAUAGGGAGAUUAAGGUUUCUAGAGAUGGGACAGAAGUAUACCUACAUGUGCGGCAAAGUGAAGGUUCUCAUGUAACCUAUACUUGUCCUUGUCUAGUUUCGCUGUUAAAAGGGCGGUUCAGGACCCACCGAGCAGAAAGAUGCCAUCGACCAUCAUAGUUAGAAGAAAAUGAUGAGCUUGCGGUACUUUCCCACUGUCUGGAGGUUUAUAUAGGAGGGGGCUGAGGUUCUUGUUUUCGAGCGUGUUGGAAGAAUGCCCUUCGAUGGUCAAAUUGGUGCUUUGGAGGUCGGGGUCCUGACCGCCGUAUUCCUCUUCGGGAUAACCACUACCCAGACAUACCUUUAUUACCAUUUGUUCCCCCAUGAUCCCAAACGAACGAGGCAACUGGUGGCGAUUGUAUGGGUUCUAGAGCUGGCAACCUCCAUAUCGGCUACUCACGUAUGCUAUACCUACACCGUAACGCGUUUUGGGAACAACAAUGUUCCUCACAUGAAACUACCCCCAACGGUCGGAGUCAAUCUCUUUCUAUCUGAGAUUGUUUUCGUGCUAGUACAAAGCUAUUUUCUACUGCGCAUUACUCAAGUUUCACGAACUUGGUUCUUCACAGUCGGAUGCGCAAUAUUGUUAUCAAUACGUUUCGUGAUCACCACGUUUGCAGCUGUCGAGGCAUUGUUGACGGACACAUUGGACCAAUUCCUCAAACAGUGGAAUUGGGCGAUAAUCACUUUUUUAACCAUAGGUGCAUUCCUCGAUGUAGUUGUCCCCUUCGGACUGGUGUACUUUUUGUACGUCCAGCGAGCCGUCGCGUAUAAAACAACCGUUUUGAUAGUCGACAAGCUGAUCCUUUGGACAGUCGAGACGGGAAUAGCAACUGGACUUCUGGCCGUACUUGUUUUGAUUAUGUACCUUGCGUUACCAGGAAGAUUUGCCUGGAUAUGUGUCUACGCGUGCUUGCCAAAACUGUUUUCGAACGCACUCCUCGCCAACCUGAAUUCUCGUGUCAAGCUGAGAGCCAUGCAGGAGGGCAGCGACGCGGUUGAAAUGGCGUCAUCAGAUCCGACUAUUCGAAACACUGUCCAUUUCCCUCAUCGACUGGGAGCAAAGGUAACUGUCAGCACACAGAGGGUCAGGACCAUCGACGACGGGUUGUCUAAGCCAGUUGAUGUCGAAGUCGAAGAGGCGGCACAGUAUUCUGGAGACGGGACUCCAAGUUCCACAAAUGACCGCAAAGAUACAGAUUUCAUCAUCAUGUAAAAAGGGAAGUGGAGUAUGAGCUUGUAGUUGUAUUGGAAAUCACUUUGUUCAACCUAUAUAUUCUACUAUGCGGUCUCGUUGUGAGGAGUCCCCUCCUUUGAGUAUGCCUGUUGACUCC